AUGGCGGACGUUUGGUUGUGCGUCCAGGGACAAAAUUUACCCGCCCAUGGCGCCGUGCUGGCGAUGCACUCGGGCUGGUUCUGCAAGCUGCUGAGGGACGCCAAACGGGGCGAAGUGCAGCAUCGGAUGGUUGAAGGGAAGCCUGUGAUCAAAGUGGACGAAUGGAUGGAAGAUGUGGACAUUCUGUUAUCAUUUAUGUACGGCGUGCAAGUGAAGGCAGAAACGGUGGAAAGUGCAGACAAAAUCCUGGGCAUCGCUGAAAAGUACGACAUGCCCGGACUCGUGAAGGUUGUGGAGACCAGGCUCUGCGCCGCUGCAGAACAAAUGAGCUUCUGCACGCCACACAGCGAAGAUGCGCAUGGCGGCGGGUGCAAGGACCGGUGGGAAGCCGCCAAGUGGCUGGCAAUGGCGGAGCGCCUGGACAUGAAUGACCUCAAAACGCAGUGUCAGUUCGUCAUUUUGCGCGAUAUUGCCGACUUCGUGUCCAAGCCCUUGAGUGCCCAAGGACAGGCGGAAAAGCACAAGACUCAGCAGGCAGUGGCCUGCCUGGAAAAGCAUGGAGUCAGCAUACGCAGCAUGUGCGAGAUGAUCCUUGCCAUCGUGGACAAGUCCCGGCAGCUCGUUCGCCCUGCCUUUCGCUGCCCGACGUGCCAGCAGCUGCACAUACGGUCGAGAAAUCAGAGGUGCGCCUCGUGCGACUGCGGCACUUUGAUCGAGACGAACGCGUGCAGGGCAUUUGUCGAAAUGAAGAAGGAGGCCUUUCUCAAGAGUUUGGCCUGCUUCAACGGGCAAAAGUCCCUGACAACCGACUGA